AUGGGUGUUCCAAAGUUCUUUCGAUGGGUGGCAGAGCGCUGCCCGUCUGUUAUCACCCCAUUCCGUGAUUGCCCACCGCCUGUUGACAAUCUAUAUCUAGACAUGAAUGGCAUUAUUCACAAUUGCACACAUCCAAAUGAUGUAGAUGCCACACAAAAAUCCGCAACGGAAAAGGCCAUGGUUGAGGCUAUGUUUGUUUAUCUUGAGAAACUUUUUAAUGUUAUUCAACCACGUAAACAUUUUCUGUUGGCUAUUGAUGGCGUGGCGCCGAGGGCCAAGAUGAACCAGCAGCGACAACGCCGUUACCGCAGUGCAUAUGAUAUGAUGGUAGCACGUGAGGAGGCUCUUGCCCGCGGUGAGGAAUUGCCAGAUGAGAAGGAUGUGUUUGACAGCAACUGUAUCACCCCUGGCACGAAUUUCAUGGUGCGGGUGAGUGAACAAUUGCAGUACUUUAUCACCAUGAAGAUUGCCACUGACCCGGCGUGGCAAAACUGCAAGGUGAUCUACUCUGGACACAAUCACCCUGGUGAGGGAGAACAUAAGAUUGUGGAUUUUAUUCGUCGCCGUAAGAUGCAGCCGGGGUAUGAUCCAAAUGAGUCUCAUUGCAUGUAUGGAUUAGACGCUGAUCUUGUCAUGCUUGCACUUGCCACUCAUGAACCACAUUUUCUUCUUUUGCGAGAGGUGGUGACAUUUGGGGCUGGAAAUGAAUCACGACGUGUGCGUGAACAGCGAGAGGAGGAUGAGGCAAAUGGAAUUGUUGCGGAUAAGUCUUAUCAUAAAGCUGAUGAAUUUGUGCUUUUUCAUGUGAAUGUACUGCGUGAUUAUCUUGAUCUUGAUUUGCGUGAUCGACUUGGGGCCAAGUUGCCACCCAUUUAUGACUUGGAACGUGUCUUGGAUGACUUUGUAUUAAUGUGCUUCUUUGUUGGGAAUGACUUCUUACCAAGUAUUCCAACGCUUGGCAUUCAUGAUGGAAGCCUUGUGCAAAUGCUGGAUGUGUACUGUCAGCGUAUAUUACUACACUCUAUGUACUUGACAGAGAAUGGGAAAAUAGAUUGGCGUGCCGUAGAGUUAUGGUUGCAGGGACUUGCAGAGAUUGAGUUUACCACUAUUAAAGCCCGUGAGGCACAAGAGCAGGAGUAUCAACGUAAAAUGGCAAGACGUGAUCCUUCCCAUGAGGCAACAGUGAUUGCAUCCACCGCGGUGGAAUCUUUGCAUGAGUAUAAGGAUCGUUUCUACCGUGAGAAACACGGCUUUGCGAAUGGAUGGGAUCCACAAGGAAAAGAAAUGAGCGAUCUGCGACUUCAUUAUGUGGAAGGAAUUAUGUGGGUAUUUGGAUAUUACUAUAAUGGACCACCCUCAUGGAAGUGGUUCUUCCCGCAUCACUAUGCUCCUAUGGCAAGUGAUUUGGUAAAUCUUCCUGCGGUGGCUGCAAAGGUUCACUUUGAUCUUGGUAAACCAUUUCUACCGCAUCAACAACUCUUAGCGGUGUUACCACCCUUAUCAUACCGUUCUAUCCCACGUGCGUAUUGGCCACUGCUCCGUAGUAAGUCGAGUCCACUCGCCAAAUACUUUCCAGAGCAUCUACAGAUUGAUCGUGAAGGGGCACGAGCACCGUGGGAGGGUGUUGUGCUCAUUCCAUUUAUCGACGAACGCACACUACUAGCGGCGUAUAAUUCUGUUCAAGAUAAGGUGACACCUGAGGAUCAGGCACACAAUACGCUUGGAACGCCUGUGAUUUUCACCUUCGAUGCUGAGAUGCAGCAGUAUGAGGUACCGAAUGAAUUCUUUGGACCAUUAAAGAAUGUACGAGUGCGACGACAACCAUAUGAUUUUCCACCAUUUGUUCAUUUUGUGCCAAAACUCUGUCCAGGUGUGGCGAUUGGGGAUAAGAUGUUAGAAGGAUUUGCGACACUUCACAGUAAGUGGAAUAAUAUCCGUGUACAACGUGAAACCGGUGCGGUGAGCAUUUUUGGAAUGCCUACACGUAAGGAGAGUAUCAUUCUCGCUUUAAAUGAUACUAUGAUGGAAAAUGCUAGUGCACGUGAUAUGGCCCCACUUGUUGGACAGGAAGUAUUGGUUGGAUUUCCACACUACCGUCGUGCACGUAUUGCGUGUAUUAGUGAUAGAUUUAUGAGUUUCCGUGCGGUGAUAACAAAGGAUGGUACCUUCUGUGGUAGUGAGGCGAAGGAGUUAAACCGUGAUGACUCAUCUAACUUUACACGGGAGUGUGAAACACAUAAACAGUAUAUGAAGGAGAAAUUAGGUAUUUCUGUGGAUAGUGUUUCUCUGUUGGUAUAUGUAAAUAUCUUCACUGGUAUGCGUGUGACACGUAAGGGGCGGAUUGUGCGUAACUUUUCAAAAGAUGAAAUGUGCUAUGCGAUGCCCCUUAUUUCAAGAUUACAGGAUGUAAACAUGAUAGAGGAUGCACGAUAUGUGGAGCGAGAUCGUGCAGAAGGGGAUACAAGUUUUGGGGCUAAAGUUAUUUUUAUUGGUCCAGAACCAAAGAAUAAGAAAACCCCUAUGCAGGCAUAUGGUAGUGCUGGUUUCGUCCUAGACUCCACCUCUUAUGGUGAGGAUAUGUACGCUGUGGCGAUCCGAGUCUAUCAAGAUCCCUUGACGAUUCCCGCAUCUCUUUUAUCUUAUGCCACACCUCGUAAUUGGAUGGCAUUACAUGAAGUGGCGAGUGAAAUGCGAUUGGGAUCUUUACCAUUACGACUCCUUGUGGGAUCUCUACGCACCACACCACAGUAUGGAUCCCGUGAAGUGGGUUUGGGUAUCGUCUUUACACGUAAUCAUCUCACACGAUUGGGAUAUGCAAAGCUUGUACCACGACAAACCAACGCCUGGGCACCAUACGGCGAUGAUGUAUUUUCACGACUCGCACAAAGCACUGAACCGGCUGGACAUUAUCUUGAAAAUGCCAGCAAGAGUGAUUUUCUUGGCCGUUCCAGUCGUGCAGUGCAGUACACCACAUGGUUCUCCCGUGAGGCGGUAUCGCUGAUUAAGGAAUAUGUACACAAGUUCCAACCACUCAUUAAACGACUGGAAACAGGAGCGGCAGCCCCACAGGCAUUGGAGCCACCGCAAUUCAUGACCGGUAUUUGGCAAGAUAGGGAAGUGGAUGAUGUUCUUAGCGAGAUGGAAUCUUUUAUUGAGGCUUGUGGUAUACGCGAUGUACCUUUAGUGACCGCAAGUGAUGAUGCCUUCACACGUGAACAUUUACGUCAAUUGGAGGCGGAACUCGAUCGUCACACCCCGCGACGUGUGCGGGAACUCACUCUUCGGCCUGUUGUGAAGCGACACUUGUACUUUCCCAUCACCCGCAGUGUAGGUGGACACAUCUUACAACUGCCACUACCGCAAGAUCAGACACUUUGUUUGGGCGCACGUGUAGUGAAUUGUCGUGCGGCGGGUUGUGUGCCGUUUGGUGCGGUGGGAACCGUUGUUCGUUUGUUAGCCACCAGUCAUGAGGCGGAGGUGGUGUUUGAUGAGCCUUUCACCGGUGGGAGUCGCUUUGAUGGGCGACUGCAACAACCACGAGGGGCAUUGGUGAAGUUGGCAUCUCUGCUGGUGCUGCAGAAACCAGGAGAGGAUACGAGUGCAGCAGCAAUGCUGCCAAUCACAUCAACCACAACAUCAACAUCAACAGGAACUACAGGAACAGCAGCGGAAACGGAAACAUCUGGUACUUCUCUUCUCAAGGCACUCAUGCUAAAAACUCAACAACAACAACAACAACAACAACAACAACAACAACAACCGGAUCAGCAGAAGGUAGUUUUUCAAGGGUCAUCCCCCACAACCACCGAUGCGGGUCCCGCCAUUCCAAAACCACGCAGUGCAUUAGAAGAGGUUUCUACCAUGGCGGCCUCACCCUCUGCAGCUGUAACUAUGAGUGCAGGGGCGGGUGGUAUUCGCUUGGCGGAUCUUGUUGGGAAAUUGAAGGCAUCCUCACCAGCGUCUAUUUCAGCAGAACAGCUUCAACGUGUACAGGUUACUUCUGCCCCAACGGUUGGGUGGGGAAGUAGUGGUGGUAGUAGUAAUAGUAAUAAUAACAACAACAACAACAACACCCGGGCAUCCCCAGCCACCGUCAAAACCCCCACUGGGGUUCUCACACCUGCUAUCCAAACCACCAUCAUGAGUAGUAAAAGCAGUGGGGCUGAGAAUAAGAGUCAUAAGAGGAAUGAAAACUCUGCUAUGGUGGAAGCAACAACAACAGCAACUGCUGCUGUUGCAGCUGCUCCCUCUUGUCCUCAAGCACUUCCUGGUACGACCAAUGCUGUACAGCGUGGUAGUAUGAACAGCGGUGUUAAUAAUAAUAAUAAUAAUAAUAAUAAUAAUAAUAAUAAUAAUACUACGACUACCGCUACUGGGGCUGGCAGCAGCAGCAACAGUAGUGGUACUGGAGGAGGAGGAGGAGGUCGUCCACUGACACAACCGCACAAUAACGGUGGACGCUGCAUUGAUAUGAAUACGAAUAGUACUAGUACUGGUACUAGUAAUAGUGGUGGUAAUGGUAGUGGUUCCAAGCCAAAUAUACCAAUCGUUAUUCCAAGGGAAAUAGCAUCUGGUGAAUUCAUUCUUCGUCGCGGUGAGGCGGUGCCAUUCUUCCGAAAACUGUUUAAAAUGCGUCUUUCUGAGGAACUUGGUAAGGUGCUUCCACGGGAGUAA